UAGAGGAUGUGAUAACAAAAAUUUUUGUUUUCCCACUCAUUUUUGCCGCCUCUUGAUAUUGAUUCCCGAAUUUUGAAUUGGUUUUAUUGAAAAUUUCAAAUUUUUAAAAUUAUUUCCAUAAAAAAAAGAUGUCCAUCAAACAACUUUGGUGUGAUAAAUAUCGGCCAGAACGUUUUGAUCAAUUUCAAUUUCAUCAAAAUGAAGCUAUACGUUUAAAGAAAUUGAUUAGCCAAGAAAAUUUUCCACAUCUUUUCAUCUAUGGUCCAUGUGGUUCAGGUAAACGAACCAUAGUUCGUUCAUUAUUAUUCGAAAUAUUUGGUUCAACAUCACGAAAGCUAAAAAUUGAAACAAAAAUAUUCGAAGCACCAAGUGGAAAAAAAGUCAUUCAAACAUUUUUAUCAAGUAAUCUACAUUUAGAAGUGAAUCCAAGUGAAAAUGGUUACUAUGAUCGUGUGGUCAUACAAGAAUUGAUCAAAAAUAUGGCAACAAAUCUAUCGGCAAUCAAAAAAUAUCCAUUCAAAAUGAUUGUUAUUGAUCAGGCUGAUUCAUUGACCAAAGAAGCUCAACAAGCAUUACGUCGAACAAUGGAAAAAUAUGCUGAAACAUGUCGAAUUAUAUUGAUGGCCGAACAUUCAAGUCGUAUUAUACCGGCAUUAAAAUCACGUUGUCUAAUGUUUCGAUGUUCAGCACCAUCGACCGUUGAACUUGGCCAAGUAUUACAAACAAUUUCUAAUGCUGAACAAUUUGAAUGUAAUGAAUCAUUGAUCAAUAAUGUUAUUCAUGAAUCUGAUCAAAAUGUUCGUAGAGCAAUUAUUCUAUUACAAACAAUUGCCAUUCAACAAGAAUUGAAUUCACAACGUAAAAAUAAUAAUACUGGACAAAAAUUGGAACAAUUUCGUUGGCAACAAAAAUUGAACGAUUUGUCGAAAAAAUUGACCAGUACACAAAGUGUUAAACAAGUAGCCGAAAUACGACAAAUAUUGUUUGAUCUACAAACACAUCUGAUACCAUCGAAUAUUAUAUUACGAACAUUGGUCUGUAAUUUGAUGGAUUUCUGUCUUGAUGAUGAAAUGAAAUCGAAUCUUAUAUCGAUUGCAGCAGAAAUUGAUCAUCGUUUGAUACAGGGUUCCAAACCAAUUAUUCAUUUGGAAUUGUUUUGUGUAAAAUUUAUGAUGAUGUUUCGUUGUACGGUUGAAAAGGUUGCUUUUGAUCUUGAACAACCAAUGGAUUUAGAUUGAUUAUUAAUGAAUUUUUUUUUUAAUUAAUAUUUUUUUCAAAUAAAAUUCAUUUUUUUUCUCAUCA